AUGCAGCCAGUUAUGCCCGAUACGAAGUCUCAAUUUGGUUUUACAGCUUCUGAUGGAAAUACCCUAUUUCAUCAGAAUCCAUUUUUGCCAAUCAUGGCUUUGGAAAGUGAUAAGCUCCAACAUUCUUCUGUCGUAAGUGUUUCAGGGCAUCCAGUUGCUUUACCUAUUCAGUUUCCUAUUGUGGUUAAUGAAGCAAAUGGUCAGUAUGGUCAGUAUAAUUACCUAGUGCUGGACGUAAACCAGAUUCAGAACCCCGUAUUAACGCUGCCCGUGGUACCUACGAGCAUGCAUCCACCACUUGGUUACAUUGUUGCUUCUGAUGGAGAAAUGGUACAUACUUCAAAUCCUUACACACCAAUACUACCUGCUGUUUAUACUGCAUCUGGACAUGAUUCCUCAUCUCCACAAGUGGAACCAUUUCAGCGUCCAACUCAAGUAAUGACAGAGAGCAGUGCAGAUGAUAAAACCCAAGAGUAA